AUAUAAACAACGAUAAAAAUGAGAGUUGCUGUUUUUGAACGUCAUUUGGAGUGGCGCUAAACGCGCUGGCGUCGUCGGUCGUCGUUCGUUUGUUUACCACCGUAACCUUCAUCGAACGAAAUAAAAUGGCGGUUCAUAAAAUUCAAAGUGUCAAUGUUUCGUUGUCUGUCUGAAAACGCUUCAACUUAUAGACGUUCGUAGUUUUAGUGAAUUUGGUGGCGAAUAUAGGAAAAAUGAUGAUUUUUGAAAGAUGUGUUAGUUGUGACAGGCGUGCUGCAGUGACGGAGAAAACGAUUGUGGCGGCGCGAUAAACUGUGGAGGGAGAACACGGCGCAUGUCGGCGCAUCGUUUCUGCGCAGGCUCAAAAAUCCACUGGAUAUACAGUGGUUUAUUACGAACAGUCUCAAUACUCGAUUUGGAUACCGUGAGUAGUUGAUACACGUUCGAGGCGGUUUAUAAUAAUUAGAAAAAAAAACAUCAACGAGAACUAAAUUCUUCGUGUGAUAAUUAAACGGAACUCACCUUGAUACAUCGGCCUAUUUACGGUUAAUUGUCACUUUUUUUUUGAAUGAACCCGUUUCGGUUUGAACCCGCGAGUGCCAUUCUCGUUUUCGCGUAUAACGACGAAGAAACUGUGAUGGUGCAUUUGAAAAUAAAAACGAGGGAUAAGUGCUAGUAGGCAACAAAAGAAGGAGUGUUCAACUUUUUUUAUUGCUUUUUUGUUUUAAGUUGCUUCUUUUGUUUUUCCUGUUUUUGAUUAAAUACCUACAUAAAAUCGAAUUAUUUGAGGUUAUAAACGAGCCCGGGUUAUAAAUCUGAUGGAAUACGUUUGCGGUGUGCUUUAUCUACUACGUAAUUCUUAUAGUAAUAAUAGUAAUUGUGUGUUAUUAACACCCGCAAGUGGUGUGCCAUCGACGGAUACUUAACCAUCGAGGACACAAAAAAAAAGAAAACCAUUAAAAAAAAUUAAUAUAAUCUGUGUGAUGUCGGGUAACCAGAUUAAUGAGGAACCCCACAAGUCGCCUAGGGAGAGUGGCGAAGAUUCGGAAGAUGAAAGUGAAAUUCUGGAGGAGAGUCCUUGCGGUAGAUGGUUAAAACGACGUGAAGAGGUGGAACAAAGGGAUGUACCAGGCAUCGAUUGGGCGUACCUCGCAAUGGAUACGGAGGAAGGCGUCGAAGUGGUCUGGAAUGAAGUUCAAUUUUCGGAAAGGAAGAACUUCAAGGCUCAAGAGGAGCACAUCAGACAGGUCUUCGAAAAUCUCACUCAACUCGAGCACCCGAAUAUUGUCAAAUUCCAUCGUUACUGGACUGACACACACAACGAUAAACCUAGGGUAAUAUUUAUAACGGAAUACAUGUCCUCUGGUUCCCUGAAACAGUUCCUGAAGCGCACAAAGCGCAACGUCAAGAGACUGCCACUUCAAGCUUGGAAGCGAUGGUGCACACAAAUCCUCUCAGCUUUAAGUUACUUGCAUUCCUGUUCUACGCCAAUCACCCACGGCAAUCUCACCUGUGAUACCAUAUUUAUUCAACACAAUGGCCUCGUCAAAAUAGGAUCAGUGGCACCAGAGCAGAUUCACCAUCAUGUCAAAACGUAUCAGGACAGUAUCAAAAAUAUGCACUUUGUCGCGCCAGAAUUCGCACAAGGAGUAAAAUCAAAUCCUGCCAUGGACAUUUACGCUUUUGGUAUGUGCGCCCUGGAGAUGGCCGCAUUAGAAAUCCAGGGAAACGGCGACUCCGGAAACGUCGUCACCGAUGAAAAUGUCGAGAAAACCAUUGAAUCGCUGGAAGACAACCAACAGAAGGACUUCAUCAAGCUUUGCCUAAACAAGGACCCAUACUUUAGGCCGACGGCGCCACAACUUCUGUUCCAUCCGCUUCUCUUCGAGGUUCACAGUCUGAAGUUGUUAGCCGCACACUGUUUAGUUAACAAAAGUGCAGCGAACAUUACGGAGACGAUAACGGACGAAUUAAUGCAACGAGUGUACAGACCGGAAGUAGUAAUAGCCGAGGUUAGGUACGGUGACCGAAUCGGGAAGCAAACGAAACUCUCGGACGUUCACUCUGCAGAAAAAUUGGAAAAGUUCAUUGAGGACGUCAAGUAUAACAGUAUUUCGGCGUAUUUCAGCGGUACAGUGGUCGUGACUAACACGCGUUUUUAUUCCUUUAUUCGCAGAAACGGGAUCUAUCCUUUGACCGCUUUCGGAAUCAAACAACCGCCGUCGAGGUCCAGAGCGAUGACGCCGGAAUCCACCGAGUCGGAAAAGUCGGUUACACCGGAACCGACGGACGUCGAAACGAGGAAGAUCGUUUCCAUCGUUUGCGAAAUUAAGGAUGAAACACCGGAGAUUGUACUGCAAAUCGUGUUGCGGAUGGACGACAAAAUGAACAGGCAGUUGACGACCAUCAUUACGCACCAGGACAUUCCUCAAACGCUUGCUCAAGAUCUUGUUCAUUAUGGUUUUAUUAACGAACAUGACCAAGCGAGGGUGGCAAGUGAAAUAGAGGAAGCGAUUCAUCAUAGGAAUUCCGGACACAGUAGCCCUAGUCACGCGUUUCCCCAGAUACCAAUGCCCAUAAACCCGCCUUGUCAGCUGAGCACGAAUCCGCCGCCGCUGUCGGUGGUCAGCGCAGCGACGACACAAGUGCCCAUGCACUCGACUAGUUAGUAGAUACUGUCUCGACGCUAUUCUUAAAACAACAAAAAAAAACAAAAAUAAAAACCACACAUUAGAGCCCCCACAUUGAUAACAAAGAGCAGGAGGAAGAAGCAACAGGGUCAAGAGGAGAAGGAAGGAGUCUUAAGAAAAAGCUAAGGAGAAUAUCGGAUAAAAAAUAUAUAUAAACACACCUUGACGAAUUUCGAGAAAGAUUUUUAAGAUAAAAAAGAAGGAAAAUGAGAGAGCGAAAUCGAGAUCACUUCUCUGAAUAUAACUUUCUGUUAUUAGUUAUUCGUUAACGUUUUAAAUGUUUAUUUUUGUAUUCGGAAAAAGAAAGAUAAAAUGAAAAAGAUAGAGCUGCGUUUAGUAAAACUAAAAAGGCCAAAAGGAUACGGAAUUUUUAUAAAACGCGAAUUAUCUCGAUCGUUAAUAUACGUUGUACGUAAUUCA